UCUUGGGGAUAUUCUCUCCGUGUUUUAGGAAUUUCUCUGUGACCCGAAGUUCAGUGAUGAAGAAGAUCUGGAGGAGAAGUUGGCAGUGUUCAAAGAGAAGUACAUGGAGUUUGACCUGAAUAACCAAGGCGAGAUUGAUUUGAUGUCCGUCAAAAGGAUGAUGGAGAAGAUGGGGGCUCCAAAGACCCAUCUAGAACUGAAGAAGAUGAUCUCCGAAGUGACUGGAGGGGUUAGCGAGACCAUCUCGUACCAGGACUUCGUCAAUGUGAUGCUUGGCAAACGCUCUGCUGUACUGAAGCUGGUCAUGAUGUUUGAAGGAAAAGCCAAUGAAAGCAACCCAAAACCUUCUGGCCCUCCUCCAGAGAGAGACAUAGCCAGCCUCCCUUGAAGAGGACAGGCUGAAAAAUUGGAUCCGUUUGCUUUGCUGGGCUGUAACGGAGGUUACCUGUGCUUUGUUACUCUUUACUUUGGACGGUCUUAGUUUUCAACUAACCUGCCUUAGAGGAACAGCAAGGGAAGCUGGGGAUCCAGCUCGCAUCUUUCUACUUCAUCCCUUAGCCAGCCUGAUUUGUUAGACAAAAGCUGUAGCACAAAGUGUAUUGUGAGACCAAAAAG